CUGGUUCAUUGUGUAGCUUGUUUUCGAACAGAAUUUGCUCCGCUUAAGCUUUAAAAGCCUACAGUUUAUAAUUGUUAAACCCUUUAACUGUUUGCGCAAAACUAAUUUUACAGCAUGACGUUUUAACCUCUUUUUACAGCACUGCCAAUACAGUUAUACAUAAACUCCGAUUCACUUUGCUGUGGAAAAUGGAAAGUGUUGGAUCUUCAACCCCAUCUUCAAUACAAAAUAUUAUUAAAAAAGCAAAAGAAGCACGAAUAAAAGAGAAAAGGGGGAAUUAUUCCGGUGAUAGCAGCUUAUUAAAACUAAGAAAAAAACGUAAAUCAAAAAGUCAGUCUUUUGUAAUGAGACAUGCAAGUGCUUUAGUUGAAAAGAACAAAACUCUUGCUCUUAUGUUGGUUCAAACAAAGAACUUAAACCGAAAAUUAGAAACCUCAAUUCAUUUACUUCAGAGAAAUCAAAUGGACAUGAUGGUUCGAAUGAAUUCGUAUAGAGUGGAAAAUGAAGCUCUGCGUGGAAAGCUGGAAACAACACAGGAUAAAUUAGAUGGACAGGCAUCAACAUUUGACAAGUUUAUUGAAGAUUUUAUGACAAUGGCAGAAGCUACGAGAGAAAAAUUAAUUUUAGAAGAUGCAAUUGAACUUUCUCAACCAGAAUUGGAACAAACUAAUAUAAACAAACCAACAUCAGCUAUUGCAGCCAAGGUUGUGAAAGACAAGUGGAAGCCGAAUUUAGAUUCAAUUAAAUCCCCGGAUGAAACUGAUCCGGAAACAGAUCCAGGGAUGUUGGAAAGUCCGCAACCUCCCAACCUUCAUCAGGUGGAAGAUCAACAAGAUGUAGAAUCUUCAAUGCUUGAACACAGUAUUGUACUCGAUACAACAGAAGAAGCAGAAGAUUCUUUUUUUCUUGGUAUUAGUCCUACAUGUAAAAAUCGGCGCUCUUCAAUUUUAACAUCCGAACCCCCAAUUCUUCAAAUGUUGUCACUGGAUGAAGAACCUUUGGAACCACCAUCAGCUGCAGAAGUCAAGAAAAGGAAAACAAUUGGUACAGUCCAUUUUGCUGAUGAAGAACAAUUAUCUGUGAUUUCUAUGGAGCUCACAAAUCCAAUUAUGGCGGAAAUAGAACUUGGAAAACCUGAAGAUCAACCACAGAAAAAAUUUAAAAAGGAUCUGAAGUCUGUGAAACGGAAACCACGAAAAAGUGUGAAGAGUAAAAAACCAUUAAAGAAAAAUGAAGAUAAAUACGCAGAUAUAAGUGCUGAUAGUUUUCUUGUGGAUUCCAACAAAAAGAUUGAGCUUGGAACAUCUGCUCGCAAAAGAGCUAUGGAAGAUAUUACGAACAUACAAGACAGUAUACGACCCCGACGCAGAAGAACGACCCCUGUUUCAUACAAGGAACCAAAGCUGACCACCAAACUACGACAAGGAGACAAGUUCACGGACGCAACCUUGUACAAGGCCAUGAAAUAAUCCCUAUUUUUGUUAAAACACUGAAUACCUGUGAAAAUGUUAUAUCCUCUUAUCCCAUGUUUUUAAACGAUAUAUAAUUUGGUAAAAUCCAAUGAAUGUUGCGCUAUCAGUAACGGGUAUUUAUUUUAUUGCUUUGGGUAGAUUUUGUUUAAAGUAAAAGUUAAAAGGUGUUGAAUUGUUUUAAAUAAAGACAUUUCUUCGUUCAUUAAUUGUAGUAUUAAAAUUUAACCAUAUUACAAAAUAAACACUUAAUUUUUCCUUCAAUAUUUAACAAAUAAGAUUAGUUUAACAUUGGCAACUUUUCAAAGUAUGAAUUAAUGUAUAAUGAAACUUCAAGACAGUG